UUUCAUGAUUUGAUUUGUUGUGGUUGACAGGUUGACAGUUAAGAAAAGUUAUACAAUCAAUUUAUAGUCCCAGUCAAGUAAAUUUUAUUUACAAUUUGCACUAUGGCUUUAUCCUUAAUUUUAAGAAACACCGCUAAAUUGCAAGCUCUUCCAAAAGCAUCGAAAUGUGUAAUGUUUACUAAUAAUGUAAGACCUUUUUCACAAAUCUUAACGCCGUUAAAUAAAAGUCCAAUAUCUGCAAGUAAAUCAAAAAUUAAUACAGUUGUUAUUCGAAGCAUGUCAGGAGAUCACAGUAAGUUAUGGCCUAUUGAAAAAGCUGUAUCUAUUGCUUUGCUCGGACUAGUUCCGGCAACAUUUUUAACCCCAAAUAUUGUCCUUGAUAAUUUAUUGGCUGUUGCGGUCGUGGCACACUUCCACUGGGGCUUGGAAGCAUGUGUAAUCGAUUAUGUAAGACCUAUCAUUUUUGGCCCCGUGAUUCCAAAAAUUGUUCUCGGUUUGUUAUAUGUCAUCUCUGCUGCAACUUUAGGAGGUCUUUUAUAUUACAAUCACAAUUGCAUUGGUAUUGGAAAAACUGGUAGAAGAUUUUGGGAAAUUAAAUGUUAAUAUUUUUUUUGUCAAGUGCCUUCUCGGUGUAUUGUGUAAACUGUAACUACUUUGUGUGAUUAAUAAAACUUUUCUUGUAG